AAAUAAUUAAAGCUGCUCUCCCGCGGCUCAGGAGGCUCGAUUUGUCCUCCCGGAGGCUGCACGACCGACGCAGUGUCGCCACCCAUCGCUCCGGCUCCGGUGCGGCAGCUUGCGAUACAGCGGGCAGCCCGAACCUGUCAUGCGAAGAAUCGCCUGGCUCCUCGCCCUGCGGGCAGCGGGCGCCCAGGACCACCCCUGCGAUCUCACGCCGGCCACCGUCGCGCGCAUCAACGACUGGAUUUUGAACGGGAACGACCCGGGCAACAACGCCUUCGAAGCGUUACAUUGCGCGGCCGUCACGACCGUAGGCACGGCCGUCGGCGGCCUCGGCGGCGGCGCGGCCGGCGCGUUGCUAGGCGGGAGGGCGUCGGCGCGCGUCGCGACGGCGCUCUGCGGCAAUGGGACGACGGCGUGCCACGGCGUGACCGAGGGGGCGACGCGCCUCGUGGGCGGCCUGCUCGGCUACGUGAUCGGCGCGGCGACGGGCGCCGAGGCGUCGCACCGGUAUUUCGGGCGGGGCUCGUUCUUCGGGUCGCCGUCGCGCACCGCGGCUAUUCGCGAGUGCGCGGAAUUGUUCGGUGUGGAGGAGACCGCGGACGUGUCGGUGAUCGACCGGGCCUACAAGGCCCGAACUCUAAAGGAUCACCCGGACAAGGGCGGCUCCAACGAGGCCAUGGCGCGCUUGAAUGUGUGUAGAGCCGUGCUGAGAGCAAAUGCAUCGAAAAGGUGGGAGUUAUAAUGUGUGUUCUUAGAGGGAGAG